AUGGAUGAUUUGUGUAUUUCGUGCGACUCCGUUGUUAGACGAAGACAGCAUGGUAUCGCAUGUGAUGUGUGCGACCGUUGGCAGCAUAGAACCAGCCAGACUGGUAUUUCCUUGGCUGUGUACAAGGAGGCUGUACGAAGUGGCACGGAUCUACACUUCGUUUGUAGACCGUGUCUGGAUACCCAGCUUGUAGAGGAUGGCGAUGAUGAGUCCAUGCCGGACGAGGAACCUAUGGAGCCCGAUGUGCCUGACGACGAACCGGACAUGGACGCCUCAUUCAACAUAUCUCACCGUCGUUAUGAUGAUCCGGUAGCUCCGGCGGACAUUUCCCUGGAUGCCGGUGACCUGGACGAUUCGUUGCAGGAGGCAACGCCACUUGUUUAUACUGUCUUGCCAACUGGUAGUAAGAGAGGUGGUCCUUUGCUUACUUCCAGCGAUGGGUUUUCCUACGGUGUGAAGUAUGCAGGGAAGCGAACGACAAAGUGGACCUGCAGCAUCCGGUCCAGGACUCUGCGGUGUCAUGCCAUCGUGCAUCAGAUUGGGGACGCCUUCACUCGAGGAGAGCAGCCCCACGUGCACGCAGGAGACCUGAAGCUGGACCACAGAGCCAAGAUGAGUGUUAAGGUAAAUGUCAGAGAAAAAUGA